AUGUUUGAUGCUCAAGGAGAUGUCAUGAUGGGAGGAGGCGAGUAUUACACUCACCCGGUCCGCAUGAUUAUGGGAGAUCAUAAGGAGACACUCCGAUGGGAAGUGGCUACUUUGGAAGAAGGAAUGACCGGUUACCUGCCAAUUAGUUGGGCUAGGAAGCAUAACCCGGACAUCAACUGGGAACUCAACACCAUGAGCUGGAGGAGUGACUACUGCAAGCAGAAUUGUCUCCCAGCGGCCACCAAGAUUGAAUUGAUCUCUCCAUAUCAAAUGUUGGAAGAAGAAGAGACAGUCUAUCAAUUGGUUGGUUCAGUAUGGCAUGAUGAGGACGGAGGUGAUAUUGCUGAGAAAAUACACCACCUAUACCGGGAAUGGGCUGAUGUGUUCAGUCAAGAGAAAAUUGAGGAAAUGCCACCGCAUUCUCAUAAUGAUUUGAAGAUCAAACUCUUGCCUGGUACCGCUCCCCCAUUUGGCCCGCUGUACCCAUGUUCCGCUCCAGAGUUGAAGGCACUCCGGGAGUACCUGGACAAAGAAUUGUCUUCAGGAAAAAUCUCCAGAUCUAAUAGCCCCGCUGCGGCGCCCAUAUUGUUCAUUCCUAAGAAAGAUGGUACAUUGCGGAUUUGUGUGGAUUACAGAGGAUUGAACAAGGUCACUGUCAAGGACAAGUACCCGCUGCCUAUCAUGAGUGAGCUCAGAGACAGGUUGUUCAAGGCCAAGAUCUUCACAAAGAUAGACCUGAAGAACGGCUUCAAUUUGAUCAGGAUAGCCGAAGGUGAUGAGUGGAAAACCGCUUUCAGAACCCGCUAUGGACUGUAUCAGUAUAAUGUGAUGCCAUUUGGCCUAUGCAAUGCUCCCUCCGCUUUCCAGGCAAUGAUCAAUGAUGUGCUAAAGGAACUACUGGAUGAAGGAGUAGUUGUCUAUAUUGAUGACAUCCUCAUCUACUCGGAGACUGAGAAAGAGCAUGAGCUAUUGGUCAAGAGGGUACUACAGAAGCUUAGGGAAGCUAAGCUCUGUGCCUCGAUCAGUAAGACAUCCUUCCAUGUCCGAGAAGUAGAAUACCUGGGCUAUCACACCUCGGAAGAAGGAGUAUCUAUGUCAGAAGACAAGGUGGAGGCAGUUAAGGAAUGGCCAGUCCCUGAGAACAUCAAGGCAGUACAGGCAUUCCUCGGAUUUGCAAACUUCUAUCGCCGCUUCAUUGAUGGCUUCAGUAAGGUUUGCAAACCACUAACUGACCUCUUGCAAAAAGACAAGAAAUGGUAUUGGACGGCAGCACAUGAACAGGCCUUUGAGGAACUCAAGAGGCUGUUCACAAGCGCUCCAAUUCUUCUUCAUUUUGACCCUAGUAGGAGAACUGUGGUCGAAACAGACGCCAGUGAUUUUGCCAAGGGAGCUGUGCUCUCUCAGUAUGGGGAUGAUGGGAAGCUACAUCCGGUGGCAUUCUAUUCCAAGAAGUUCUCCCCUGCUGAGAUCAACUAUGACAUUCAUGAUAAGGAAAUGGGAGCUAUUGUAGCCUCUUUCCGGGAAUGGGAACACAUGCUCAAAUCUUGUGAGCAAGAGAUCACGGUUUUUACAGACCACAAGAACUUGGAGUAUUUUAAUUCUACCAAGGUUCUCACUAGGCGGCAAGCUAGAUGGUCUGAGGACCUCGCAGGCUACAAUUUUAAAGUUGUCUACAGACCGGGAGAAAAGAAUGGCAAGAUUGAUGUGCUAUCUAGGCGCUGGGAUCACCGCCUUGGAGAGGGAGGUGAAACUCUGCAGCCGGAGCCACAGAUCUUUUUUAGGCCAGGUCAAUUGGUUUUGGAUCCUGCAAAGCUAGCGGCUGUCAGGGUGAAUCAAUUGCAGAACACAUUCUUGGAGCGCCUCUAUGCGGCCGCUAAAGAGGAUAGUUUCUGGCAGGAACUGCACCGCUCCCUGGUUGAAAGGAAACCAAAUUUGGACCAAAACUUGUCAGUUAAGAACGGUCUCAUCUUCUAUAAGAAUAGAUGGUAUAUACCCAAAGACAAGAAGCUUCAGAUGGAAAUACUGUCCGAUACCCAUGACUCUAAAGUGGCCAAUUUAAGAUACUAG